AUGAUCAGCUUGGGAGCGUAUGAAUACAAUCCAGCCGAUGUUCUAGGUAAUGGGGCAUUCGCGAUUGUAUAUAAAGGGAGAGUUAAAAAUAAUCCAGAGGAACCUGUGGCAAUAAAAAUCAUGUUGAAAGAUCAAAAUGUCCUUAAGUCGAAGACGCUUCUUAGCAAGGAAAUAUGUGUCUUAAAAGACCUUAACCACGACAAUAUUGUCCGACUAUAUGAUCACAGUAUCUCUAGCAGUGGAGUCUAUUUGGUAAUGGAGUACUGCAAUGGUGGUGAUCUUUCCGAAUACUUACAGGCCAAGCGCACUUUGCCUGAGGAUACAAUCCGUCACUUCCUAAUACAGAUUGGCUCGGCUAUGGACGCUAUGAAUAGGAAAGGUUUUAUGCACAGAGACUUAAAACCGGGUAAUAUCUUGUUGAGCCACUGUAGGGAUUGUGGUCAUCAUGUCACUUCUAUUCCUGGUUAUCUUCUGUCCUUCAAGCUAGCUGAUUUUGGCUUCGCUAGAUUUUUACAAGAUGGGAUGAUGGCAGUAACCAUGUGUGGAUCACCUAUGUAUAUGGCUCCUGAAGUACUGAUGUGUCGUAAAUAUGAUGCAGUAGCAGAUAUUUGGAGUAUGGGCAUUAUUGUUUACCAGUGCUUAACUGGUAAGGCUCCAUUUUAUGCCAAUACUCCAGAGGCUUUAAAAAACAUAUAUGAAAAAACAGCUUGUCUCAGACCAAAAAUACCUGUUACAACCAGUAAAGCGUUACAGGAUCUUCUAUUAAAAAUGCUUAUUCGUAAACCAUCGGACAGAAUUGAUUUUCAAAAUUUCCUGAAUCAUCGAUUUCUGCAUCAACGACAUUUUGAACCUCGAGCUGGUUCUGGUCCAGAGUCGUCUGCAACACGAUCAUCUAUUGCUCCUGCCCUACCUAGUCGUAACAGACCAACAGUUCGAGGCUCUGGAAUUACUGUUCUUGGUCAAGGAACUGGUGAAGGCCCAUAUUAUCUUGCUCCACAAGAUGGUAAUCGUGGAAGAGAUAAAACACCUCAAGGAAAAGCAUCUAAUAAUCCACCUGGUUCAUCAAACGGUCCUCGUGAAUGGACUAAUCCAACACAUUGGCCAAAUAAUACAAGCAACAAACAACAACCUUUAUCUGGAGCAACUUCAUCAUCACCAUCAUCACAACACUCAACAGGUGAUUUCAGUCCAUUCUAUCCACAACAUACCGGAGCUGGUGUUACACCUUUCAAUAAUUAUGAUGAUCCAGGCUAUGGUCUAGACGAUAUAGAUGAUGAAAUGACGAAAACUACCGUCGAUGAAUACAUUGAAGAUGAAUUAGAUGCAUCCAGUUCAUCACCAUCUAGUGACCAAAAUAACUUACCUAAACUGCCUUCAGUAAAACCACGUGAUUUUAUGCAUAUUGAUUCUAAUAAAUACCCUACAGAUAAUCAUCAAAAUAAUCUUAACACUAACUUUUAUAGUUCUAAUCAUCAACAACAGUAUAUAUCAAACAAUUAUCGACCAUCAGUACCAACAAGACAGGAUGGAUUUAAUGUAGAUGAACAAAGAUCAACUGCAUAUCGAUUUGAUCAACGUGGAGUGUAUAUGAAUGCUGAGAUGGAAUAUGGUGAACCACCGCUUGAAGAUUAUGUUAUUGUAAAUUCAGAUGGUUCAGAAGUUCAACGUAUAGAUCGUGAACGAUUCCGUCAACAAAAUCAAUCGACUGAUCCACUUUCACAUAUGAGUAACGUCGGCCGAAUUGUUCGUAAUCCUGGAGCAUAUCUUACAAAUAAUAAUAAUCUUCAACGUAGAGGUAUGACAGAUAUUGGUCCACUCCCAGAUGUAACUAUUGGUACAAAUACAACAGAUACGCGAUAUUAUCAAUUACUAAAUGAUAAUCAUCGCUACUCUUCACCCACUCUCUUGAAUACAAACGAAAUUCCACAUGGUGUAAAUAAUAAAUUAGCUGAUCAGUACUUAAAUCAGCUGCCAGUCAAUUCUCGAAAUUCUCCAACUAGUCACAAGUAUAAUACUCAACCUAUAUCAGAACCAAACAAGGGAUUAACUGAUUAUACAAAAGAUAGAUCUCAUGGAACUCAAAUUAAUGAAGGGAACUUGUCAUCUCUUCCUCAUCACAAUACUGAACCGAAAAUAUCCUAUAUGGAACCUGUGAUGAGUAAUUUAAAUUUGAGUAAAACUGGAACUACCUUACAACAAAUUACUUACCAAACUAACAAUAGACAAUUUAUUCAUCCUUCUGGUUUACAAACUAUCGCUGUUCAAGGUGUAGAUGGUGUUUAUCCUGUUAUCGCUACAGGUAGAAAUUUUGAGAAUGAUUUAACAUCCGGUUGUUUGUGGGAAGCUGCAGAAUUUUCAGAUGAAAUUUUAAUGGAGUCCGAACAUAAUGAAGAAAUUAAGAAAAUUACAAUGGUCCUAGAAUUGUGUGAAUUAUUAGCAGAAUUAGCUGAACGUCGAGCAUCUGCACUAGCUGAUUGUACUCCAACACGUGUUGUAAAUACAGAUAAUGAUAGUAAAACAACCACUACAGAUCCUUCUGCUGCUAAUGAUGGUAUAUCACUAGUUAAGCUGGACAAUCAACAAACUAAAUGUUCGUCGAAUACUAAUAGUCUUGAUAAUAAUCAUUCUGUUGGCAGUUAUAGUAAUAAUGGUAAUAAUGAUGAACAGGAUUCAAGCAAAAAUUGUCAACAAGCAUCAUCCACUGCAUUGAAAUUCGUGUCUGAAGCUCAAAGAAUUGUUGAACAAAUUGUACUUUAUCGACGUGUUCUCUAUUACUUGGAAUAUGUUUUUGAUCAAGUUAAAAAAGCGUUUCAAAACGGUCGUCUAAAAUCUACACCCACUGCAAGAAGACGUUUAGUCGAUUGUAAUACAUUAUACCAUCGUUGUUAUAUCCGACUUAGACAAUUAGCAAGGCAAUCACGUCGUGAAGAUUUAAUUGAACCAGUUGGUAGACUUUUAGCUAAUAUUACAGCUAAUCGUUUAAUAUUUCAAUAUGCAUUGGAUCAAUGUUAUGCUGCUGAAAUGGAUGAGUAUAUUGGUGAAAUCGCAUUAUCUCUUCAACGAUAUAAGGCUGGUAUCACUUUAAUUCAUGGCCUAUGUCAACAUGCUAAAUCACAAAGGGAUAAAACAUUAUUAUCGGAUUGUAUGCGGUUAUUAAGAGAACGCUAUGCUUGUUUAUGGUCGACUGCUACCAAACCGAAUCUACAAACAAUGCAUUAUCAACCUGAUACAACAAUGCCAACCACCACCACCACAACAACAACAAUAACUCAAUGUUCUAAUGACAAUCCUACAAAUAUUCUUUUACCAUCGGACAGUUUACCCAAUCCUAGUUUAAAUGAUCCAUCAUCAGAAGUGAAUAAUAAAUUUACUGUAACGGUUGGUGCAUUACCCAUGACUAAUUGUGCACCGAUCACAUCACCUUUACGUUGAUGUUAUAUGUAUACCAUACAUGCA